CCACGAGUGGUUGCUAAGCAACCGUAACGCAGUCCGCUGGAUUCAGUGCAACAAAUAUGGCUGAAACAAGAAUGAACGAGCCCAAAAGACACCUAUCAUCUAGGACAGGAAGGUCUCAUGGAGAAAGAUCUGUGAGACAUUCAGCCUCUGUCCCCUCAAAAAAAUCAUCCACAAUAGACCUUCUUGCUAAAGAGGAAGAAUACAAACGUCUAAAUGCAGAGCUGGAGGCAAAAACUGCUGAACUAGUAAUGCAAGCUGAACAGGUUAUGAGAGACCAAAAUGAACUCUUGUCAAAACCUCUUUCUUCCAAUGUUGAUGUUGACACUGAGUAUGAGGAAUUCAGAAAUGUGAACAUGCUGGAAUCUUCAGUCAGGAAACCAACUGCUAAGGAAGUAACAAAGAAACUUGUCACUUCAAAAUCUGUGUCUCAAAACAGACGUCCCGGAAACCAAAGAAAAUUACAAACUACAAAAGCAUCUGCACUUGAUGAUGUAGCAGUUCUUGAAGGUUUGGUGGAUUUUUCCUUGGCUAAAACAAUACGUAAUAUUGAGGGGAAGCUGGAUGAUGGAGAUACUGAUGACAAUCUUAUGGAAGACGUUAUGCCCAGUGUUGGGGAUGAGAUGGGAUCAGAUGCUCAGAUCCGUUUUCUCAAGGCAAAACUUUGUGUAAUGCAAGAGGAAUUGAAUAGGCUAUCAAAUGAAUGCAGCAAGAAGGAUGAUGCAAACAGUGUUUUAAGCACAAAAAUAAAGCAGGUGGAGGAGGAUCGAGACAGACUACAGAAGACCACAAACGUUCAGCAAACGCAGAUAGAAAAACACAAAACUUUAACAGAGCAAUCAAACAGAAAAUGUGAUGGGCUCCAGCAAAAAGUGACUGCCUUACAGAAGGAAAUUGAGGGUUUGAAGAGAGUGCAAAAACAGGCAGCAACCAAUCACAGUGCAGUUGAGGUAAGACUGAACAGAGCAUUGGAGGAAGUAGAGAGGUCCAAGACACAGCUGAGCAAGAUCAAGCAGAUAAGCAAGGAUACAGCAAACCAAGAACAUAAAACAAUAGAAACUUUACAAGCUGAAAACAAAAGGCUGGAAAAGCAAAAAGCAGAAUUGAUUCUGGGUUUUAAAAAACAACUCAAACUGAUUGAUAUCCUGAAAAGGCAAAAGAUGCAUUUUGAAGCUGCCAAGAUGUUAUCAUUUACGGAAGAGGAAUUCAUGAAAGCCCUUGAUUGGGGGAAAUCAUAGAGCAAUUCUAGAAAAUGUAUGUAAUAUAAGUUCUAUGGUUUGCUACAACAUUGAUUCUGUGUAAA